AGUCCAAUCUCUUUCUUUCUUCUCACAUGACCGACCAACCAAUUUUAAAACUAUCUAUUGCUUAGUUCUGAACUAUCGCUUCCCACCUCCAACCCAACGCACACGCACUGAUUUCUUCAUUCUUGGAUUGGAUUCCGUGACCGCCGUUGGCGGUGGACAUACAUCCCCACCUCACUUUCCUAGAAUAUUACACCCUUUCUUGGGUUCAUGGAAACAGGCAACAACGCCAAUAAGUUGCAGAAGAAGCACAAAUGGUUCCUUUUGUUAAUCUUUUCUCUCUUAUUCUCUACUCUUUUGAUUCUUAUUACGAUUACUUCUUCAUCCACUUCUACCCAGUUUCUCUUUCGCCGCCAGCGUGGGAACACUAAUCAUCUCCGCCCUCGGUUUCCGCUUUUUGUGGAAUCUAAGUUGCCUAAGCCUGUGGUUUCAGAAAGAACAAUACCUCGUCUCGCGUAUUUGAUAUCUGGGUCUGCAGGGGAUGGAGUGAGCAUGAAGAGAACGCUGAAAGUGUUGUAUCAUCCGAGGAAUCAGUAUGCUUUGCAUUUGGACUUGGAGGCGGCGGCGGAGGAGAGGUUGGACCUGAUGAUGUGGGUGAGAAGCCAAAAGCUUUUUAAGGAGGUGGGGAAUGUGAGAGUGGUUGUCAGGUCUAAUUUGGUGACUUAUAGAGGUCCUACUAUGGUUAGUAAUACCCUUCAUGCUGCGGCCAUUUUGUUAAGAGAUGGUGGGGACUGGGAUUGGUUUAUCAAUUUGAGUGCUUCCGAUUAUCCCUUGCUCACUCAAGAUGAUCUGCUUCAAACUUUGUCUACCAUUCCAAGAAACCUUAAUUUUAUUGAGCACACCAGUGACAUUGGUUGGAAGGAGUAUCAGAGGGCCAAGCCUGUUAUAAUUGAUCCAGGGUUGUAUAGCCUGCAAAAGUCAGAUGUUUAUUGGGUACCAGAGAAAAGGAGUGUGCCAACAGCAUAUAAGCUGUUUACAGGUUCUGCUUGGAUGAUGCUUUCCCGACCUUUUAUGGAAUAUUGCCUAUGGGGUUGGGACAAUCUCCCAAGGAUAGUCCUCAUGUAUUAUGCGAACUUCCUCUCUUCUCCUGAGGGGUAUUUCCACACAGUGAUCUGCAAUGCUGAGGAGUUCAAGAACACUACUGUUAACCAUGAUCUUCACUUCAUAUCUUGGGACAACCCACCGAAGCAACACCCACAUUUUCUCACUGUUGAUGACUACCAGAGGAUGGUUGACAGCAAUGCUCCAUUUGCAAGGAAAUUUGGCAAGAAUGACCCGGUUCUUGACAAGAUUGAUUCUGAGAUUUUGGGUCGCAUGGCUGAUGGGUUUGUACCAGGUGGGUGGUUCAGCAAUGAAGGAGAUGCAAAUGGGACCAUCCCUGAUAAUAUCAAAACAAACACUACUGAACUUAAGCCUGGUCCUGGUGCUCAAAGGCUCAAGCAUCUGAUCACCAAUCUUUUGUCUGCAGAAAAUUUUCACUCAACUCACUGCAUCUGACUUGGUGAUAUUCUGAUGUCCAGAGAAACAAUGACGCAGAAAGGCACCAUUUUUACUUUGUCAUUGAUGGAUCCUUUCCAUUGGUAACAGAAGACUGCUAAUGGGACAAAUAACAAGACUAUAGGAACAAAUGGGUGAAGGAAAACAAUGUGUCGUCUGAAGUACAUGUUAUACACAUAUUUUUGUAGCUAAAUAUACCUGGAUAGGCCAAAUGUAUAUCAUUUAUAAAAUGUCAGCCAUUCAUGCUUUAUCAAUUAAUUUGAUCAUUCUAA